AGCCGCGUACCCCGCCAACCGCAUCAGUUCAUUAAACACCAAACACUAUCCCGUUCGGACCUAUCGCGAUAUCUCCACCCUGCCACUAUGACUUCUUCACUGCCUCUCCAACCACUCGCAACGUAUGCUGAGGAUCCUCACUCUGGUCCGGACAGCAACCCUUUAUCCACUCUGAAUCUUGAAAUUCUUAAGAGUCUCUCAGACAAGAAAACGAGAGAUGGUCAACCACCGAAAAGGCGAGGCCCUAAGCCAGACAGCAAGCCAGCACUCACACGACGCCAAGAGCUGAACAGACAGGCACAACGGUAUGCUUCUCCAAAUGUCCGCCAAAGCCCAGAUAUGUGCUGACUUGUUACGAAGAACACAUCGCGAACGAAAAGAGCUAUACAUCAAAGCUCUCGAAGAUGAGGUCCUGCGUCUCAAAGAAAUCUUCAGCACCAUCGCACAAGAUAAGGAGCGUCUCGCCGAAGAGAACCGGCGCCUCAAAGCCAAGCUAGCCCAGAACGACGCGGCCGGUGAUCCAAUUGCCGCCGACACAAACUUCUUCGACCAAAUGGUUAGCAGUCCAAGUGGCCCGAGUCUUGGAUACACUUCCAGAUCCAGUAUAUUGGGCAGUGGAAGCUACCUACCAGGGCCAGCAUCCAGCCAAACGAGUGCUCCUGGCUUCCCAUCACCACCACCAUCGACGACGAUGACUUCGCCGGUUUACCGCCCACCCCCUGGAGGACCGAGAGACUUCAACACCAUUUUGGGAGAUGGCGCAGGUGUUCUGGCACCAAAGAGGAAUCCAGAUAUGGAUUAUGAUCAAGCCGGUAUUGAUUUUGUAUUAACACUCGAGCGCCCAUGCAUGGAACACAUGACAUGGCUACUAGAACGAGGUGCCGGCACCGAAGAUAGAGCGCAGCGACAGCCCUGCGGCCACGCACUCAUGGCUUCUUGUCCUCCCGAGCCUUUCUCCGAACUAUCGCCAGAGAGCCCUUUCGGGUACGCCAACAUGCCGAAUUUAGCCAUUGGCGGGAAUAGCAGUGGCGACGGCGGUGCCAAUACGCCCAUCGGGCAGCAGCACGUCCACGCUCAUGCUCACGGUCAUCCCCCGAUGCCUACUAGCAUUAGUGGUGGUGGUCAGCGCACAUGGGAACUCAGUAAGGCCGACUUGGCUACACUGCUCGACCUCAGCAAGCGACUGGAUCUCGACGGGGAGAUCACGCCUGUCAUGGCGUGGGGAAUGGUCCUCGCUCAUCCGCGGCUUGCGGAGUUGCAGCUGGAGGACUUUGCGCGGCUGUCCGAGGAGUUGGGGAGCAAGGUUCGGUGUUACGGGUUCGGAGCUGUGAUGGAGGAGUUUGAGGUUAGGGAUGCGCUCGAGAAUCUGUUUUCGACAGAGCCGGAUGGAGGGGUUUUUGAGGAUUUUUGAGAAGGAGAUCGAUUGGGCCAACUCGGUGAAUUUGGGUAUUAAGGAAAAGAGGAUGGUGUUCGGACAUUCAAGAGCUGGCCCUGCCGAAUAUGAUAGCUGGUCAGGAAGACUGAGGAAGAGGCCUUUGCAGGUGUCUUUCCGUGAACGCGGCGUUUAUACAAUCUAAAAUACCCGUUAUCACUCGAGCUCUGUCAGAUAAUCCAAUCUGGGGCAUCAUAAUGUUCAAGACUUUGGAAAAGAACAUGGAAGAAUAAUACUAGCAACGGCGGGCAAGGUUCAACAGGGGAUGUCAAAGAAAGAUGUUCCGGAAAUGGUGACAACAUGAAGCUGC